AUGAGAAUCCCUGAUUUUGCGUUCCUCGCUGCCCUUGUGGCCAGUACGGCUGCACAAGAGGUCAGAGUCCUGCUGCUCGGUGACUCCAUUACUGAGAUCACCUGCUGGAGACCCCUGGUGUGGGACCAAAUCACAUCAGCCGGGUUGGCGGGUAGCGUCGACUUCGUCGGAACCAUGAACACCCUCCAAGCUAAGUGCUCGAGGCCGCCAAGCUUUGAUCCGAAUCAUGAGGGCCACUCGGGCUGGCAAGCGUAUGAUAUUGCCAGGAACAACAUCGUGGGCUGGGUUCAGAACACCAAGCCCGAUAUCGUUCAAUUCAUGCUCGGCACCAACGACGUCAACAUCGGCAAGCGAGACGUCGAGAGCAUCAUCGGCUCUUACACAAUCAUGCUCGAUGCCAUGCGUGCCGCGAACCCCAGGGUCAAGGUCAUCGUGGAUAAGUUGAUCCCCACAAGCUGGAGCGACCCGACUAUUGAGGCCCUCAACAACGCCAUUCCGGGCUGGGUACAGCAGCGAACAACAGCGGAGUCUCCCGUUGUCAUUGCCGACUGUUCGCGUGCUGCCGGCUUCACCAACGCUAUGCUGCAGGGCGAUGGUGUUCAUCCUAACAGCCAGGGUGAUCAGUUCCUCGCAGGGCAGAUCGGCCCCAAGCUGAUACAGCUCAUCAAGAACGUCGGAGUUGGCACCAAAUAA